AUGGCCGUUCAAUCUCUCUUCAAAGUUGUCGCUGUCUUUCCUUUCCGUAGCAGCUUUACGGAUGACUUGGAAUUUGACCCAGGUCAAGCAAUCGAUGUUUUGACCCAAUAUGAAGAUGGUUGGUUCUUUGGUACUUAUGUGGAUGCUGACGGUAUCACCAAACAAGGAAGCUUUCCAAGUACUUUUACGAAAGCUGAAUAA